UGCGAGAUUCGUCCUAUAAAAUGUGACUGUUGAUACUCUCGUUUCUCAACCAAAAGUUAUUGUCUUUGGGUGCAUGAAUUUCUGAACCCAUUUGACACAGUUACUGAUUCCACAUUGCUAACGUGUGGACUGGAUUGAUUCCCCUUCGAUUCCGGGCAUUGGCGUGUGCUGACUUCAUUAAGCUUAUUUGAUUUUUUUCAUAGAUGGGGCAUUCUGCAGCUGUGUGGGACUUUAGAGCAGCAACUGAACUUACAAAGGACUGGAACGGAAUUGAUCAAGUUGUACUUCGGACGCCACUAGGGGCUUCGGCACGGGUAAGCUUACAUGGAGCACAGGUCACUUCAUGGCGUAAUGAGCGCGGUGAAGAACUACUAUUCACAAGCUGCAAGACAAAUUUGAAGGCACCGAAAUCAAUACGAGGAGGAAUUCCAAUAUGUUUUCCACAGUUUGGAAACUGUGGGACACAGGAGCGGCAUGGAUUCGCAAGAAACAGAAUUUGGACAAUUGAUGAGAAUCCUCCUCCUUUGCCUCCAAAUGAUUCCCGUGGAAAAUCUUUUGUCGACCUGCUACUCAAAUCAUCGGAAGAAGAUAUGAAAUGCUGGCCACACAGUUUUGAGUUCCGCAUCCGGGUGUCUCUUACGACAAACGGAGACCUAUCCCUGAUAUCACGAGUCAGGAAUAUCAAUGGCAAGCCAUUUAGUUUCUCAUUCGCAUACCACACAUACUUGUUGGUUUCUGACAUCAGUGAGAUAAGAAUUGAAGGUCUUGAGACACUUGAUUACCUGGACAACCUUUCCAAGAAAGAACGGUUUACAGAACAAGGAGAUGCGAUAACAUUUGAAUCCGAGGUGGAUCGUCUUUAUCUGAGCUCUCCAAACAUAAUUGCAGUUAUAGAUCAUGAGAGGAAGAGGACAUUCAUUAUAAGAAAGGAAGGCCUUCCCGAUGUUGCUGUGUGGAAUCCGUGGGAGAAGAAAUCGAAGGCGAUGGUGGAUUUUGGUGAUGAGGAGUACAAGCAUAUGCUUUGUGUAGAUGGUGCAGUGAUAGAGAAACCUGUGAACUUGAAGCCUGGAGAGGAAUGGACAGGGAGGAUUCAACUCUCAGUUGUGGGAUCAAGUUUUUGUAGCGAACGUUUUGGUUUCGACAGAGUUGGUAUUUAAGAGGAUGGGAAUUGUGCAAAGUCUAUAAUCUUAUCACUGUUUUUACGUUUAGCAAUGUUAUAGCAUUAAGUUCGAGUUUGUAGAAGUAGUAGUAGUGCUUUUUAGGAGUAUAAGGUUUUCUCUUGUGUUCUUUUCAUGCUAAAAAAAAAAGGAAAAGCCUAUGUUUUUUUGUGAUUAUGGCUGUUAAAUUUCGGAUAUUUUAUAGAUUUUGUGAAAUUCCUGAAGUAUUUAA